GGGGGCCGCUGGCUGCGGGCAGCGCGGAGCGGCGGCGACGGAGCAGCCGGAGCCCGGGCGGCGCUGAGGGGAGGCGGCAGGCAGGCAGGCAGGCAGGCAGCCAUCCCAGCGCGGCGCGGCCCGGCCGAGGGACCCGCUCCGCCGCGGCAGGCACGGCCGGCGCCGCCCGCCCUCCCGCACGCCGUGCCCCCGCGGCGCGGCGCGGCCUGGCCGCGGCUCGGCGAGCGGGGCCCAGGCGGCGGCGGCCGUGGUGGUGGUGGCGGCGGCGGCUGGGCGCUCCGCCGCGCCUGCCCUGCCAUCUUAGGUGCCGUGCCCCGCCGCCUUUGUGCCCGCCGCGCCCGGGCACCCGCGGGGGCCGGGCCCGACGCCCCUCCGGGGGCGCCUCCCCCCGCGGGGCCGCCGCCCCUUGCCCCACUCCUUCUCCUCCUCCUCCUCCUCCGCGGGGGGCCGACCGGCGCUCCCAGCCCGGCUGCGGCGGAGGUAAUCCAUGCUGAAGAGGCUCCAUUCAUACAGAUGAACCAAGGGUUGAGGCAGCACUUUAAACCCAGAUAGUCGGUCGGCUAACUGCCCAGCAGGAUGCCAUCAACCAGCCGAGCGGGCAGCCUGAAGGACCCAGAAAUUGCAGAGCUCUUCUUCAAAGAAGAUCCAGAAAAGCUCUUCACAGAUCUCCGAGAGAUUGGCCAUGGAAGCUUCGGAGCAGUUUAUUUUGCACGUGAUGUGCGCACCAAUGAAGUGGUGGCCAUCAAGAAAAUGUCAUAUAGUGGGAAGCAGUCCAAUGAGAAAUGGCAGGAUAUUAUUAAGGAAGUCAAGUUCCUCCAAAGAAUAAAACACCCUAACAGUAUAGAAUACAAAGGCUGCUAUUUGCGGGAACAUACAGCAUGGCUUGUUAUGGAAUAUUGUUUAGGAUCAGCAUCAGACUUACUAGAAGUUCAUAAAAAGCCAUUGCAAGAAGUGGAAAUAGCAGCAAUUACCCAUGGUGCUCUCCAGGGAUUAGCAUACUUGCAUUCUCACAAUAUGAUCCAUAGAGAUAUCAAGGCAGGAAACAUCCUGCUGACAGAGCCAGGACAGGUGAAACUUGCUGACUUUGGGUCUGCUUCCAUAGCAUCUCCUGCCAACUCAUUUGUGGGGACGCCAUAUUGGAUGGCCCCAGAAGUGAUUUUAGCCAUGGAUGAAGGGCAGUAUGAUGGCAAAGUAGAUGUUUGGUCUCUUGGAAUUACCUGUAUUGAGUUAGCGGAAAGGAAGCCUCCUUUGUUUAAUAUGAACGCAAUGAGUGCCUUAUAUCACAUAGCGCAGAAUGAAUCCCCUACACUACAGUCUAAUGAAUGGUCUGAUUAUUUUCGAAACUUCGUAGAUUCUUGCCUCCAGAAAAUUCCUCAAGACAGGCCUACAUCAGAGGAGCUUCUGAAGCAUAUGUUUGUUCUUCGGGAGCGGCCUGAAACAGUGUUAAUAGACUUGAUUCAGAGAACAAAGGAUGCAGUGAGAGAACUGGACAACCUGCAGUAUCGUAAAAUGAAGAAGCUCCUCUUCCAGGAGGCGCACAAUGGCCCCGCAGUCGAAACACAGGAGGAGGAGGAGGAACAAGAUCAUGGUGUUGGCAGGACAGGAACAGUGAAUAGUGUCGGAAGUAAUCAGUCCAUUCCUAGUAUGUCUAUCAGUGCCAGUAGCCAAAGCAGUAGUGUUAACAGUCUUCCAGAUGCCUCGGAUGAUAAGAGCGAGCUGGAUAUGAUGGAGGGGGACCACACCGUGAUGUCAAAUAGUUCUGUCAUUCAUUUAAAGCCGGAGGAAGAAAAUUACAGAGAGGAGUCAGAUCCUCGAACAAGGGCAUCGGAACCCCAGUCUCCUCCCCAAGUAUCUCGCCACAAGUCUCAUUAUCGCAACCGAGAGCACUUUGCUACUAUACGCACAGCGUCGCUGGUGACAAGGCAAAUGCAGGAACAUGAACAAGACUCUGAACUGCGAGAGCAGAUGUCUGGCUAUAAACGUAUGAGACGGCAACACCAGAAGCAACUGAUGGCGUUAGAGAAUAAACUGAAGGCAGAGAUGGAUGAGCAUCGCCUUAGGUUGGACAAAGAUCUUGAGACACAGCGUAACAAUUUUGCUGCAGAAAUGGAAAAGCUAAUUAAAAAGCACCAAGCAGCCAUGGAAAAAGAGGCUAAAGUGAUGGCCAAUGAAGAAAAGAAGUUUCAACAGCAUAUUCAGGCCCAGCAGAAAAAAGAAUUGAACAGUUUCCUGGAGUCCCAGAAGAGAGAAUAUAAACUCCGUAAAGAGCAGCUGAAAGAGGAGCUGAAUGAAAACCAGAGCACUCCAAAGAAGGAGAAGCAGGAGUGGCUUUCCAAGCAGAAGGAGAACAUCCAGCAUUUCCAGGCAGAGGAAGAAGCCAACUUACUGAGGCGUCAGAGGCAGUACUUGGAGCUGGAGUGUCGUCGCUUUAAGAGACGGAUGCUCCUUGGCCGCCAUAAUCUGGAGCAGGACCUGGUUCGGGAGGAGUUAAACAAAAGGCAGACACAGAAGGACCUGGAGCACGCCAUGCUGCUGCGUCAGCACGAGUCCAUGCAGGAGCUGGAGUUCCGCCAUCUCAGUACCAUCCAGAAGAUGCGCUGUGAGCUGAUCCGACUCCAGCACCAGACUGAGCUCACCAACCAGCUGGAAUACAACAAGCGCCGGGAGCGGGAGCUGAGGCGUAAGCACGUCAUGGAGGUCCGGCAGCAGCCCAAGAGCCUGAAGUCAAAAGAACUACAGAUAAAGAAGCAGUUUCAGGAUACAUGCAAGAUCCAAACCAGACAGUACAAAGCACUGAGAAACCAUCUGCUGGAGACCACGCCAAAGAGUGAACAUAAAGCUGUCCUCAAACGGCUCAAGGAGGAGCAGACCCGGAAGCUGGCUAUCCUGGCUGAGCAGUAUGAUCACAGCAUUAAUGAAAUGCUCUCUACACAAGCUCUGCGUUUGGAUGAAGCACAGGAAGCAGAGUGCCAGGUUUUGAAGAUGCAGCUGCAGCAAGAAUUGGAGCUGCUGAAUGCAUAUCAGAGUAAAAUCAAGAUGCAGGCAGAAGCCCAGCAUGAUCGGGAGCUGCGUGAUCUUGAACAGAGGGUAUCCCUCCGUCGGGCCCUCCUUGAGCAGAAGAUUGAGGAGGAGAUGCUGGCGUUGCAGAACGAGCGUACCGAACGGAUACGAAGCCUGCUGGAGCGUCAAGCUCGCGAGAUCGAAGCCUUUGACUCAGAAAGCAUGAGGCUAGGUUUUAGUAAUAUGGUUCUUUCUAAUCUCUCCCCCGAGGCGUUCAGCCACAGCUACCCGGGAGCUUCUGGCUGGUCCCACAAUCCUACUGGGGGUGCAGGACCUCACUGGGGUCAUCCCAUGGGUGGCCCACCACAAGCUUGGGGCCAUCCAAUGCAAGGUGGACCCCAGCCAUGGGGUCACCCCUCGGGGCCCAUGCAGGGGGUACCUCGAAGUAGUGCGAUAGGGGUCCGCAACAGCCCCCAGGCUCUGAGGCGGACAGCUUCUGGGGGACGGACGGAACAGGGCAUGAGCAGGAGCACAAGUGUUACUUCACAAAUAUCCAAUGGUUCACACAUGUCUUAUACAUAACUUAAACAAUAACUGAGGGUGGCAAUUCCACUGGAGCUGUCUGCCAACAGAAACUGCCUACAGACACCAGCCCAGCAGCCUCCUCAGUGCGGUGCUGACGUGUGGGAGCUGGGUGCACAUGGAAUAUUGUAUUCAUUUUGUAAAGCAUUACGUUUUGUGUUUACUAACUGGGAUGUCAUAGUAUUUGGCUGCAGGGGUUGGGGGGGUGGUUUUUUGGUUUUUUUUUUUGUUGUUGUUGUUGUUGUUUUUUACUCUUUGGAGGGGUCUUGGGAGGGCGUCUGAGAAAUAUAUGCAAUUAGUCAGAAGAGUUGGCUGGUGGUCGUCACACUGACAGGACAGAAGGGCCUCAGACUGCCCUCGUCACGCCAUCCAUAGGAAGUCUGAGGGAGAAUGGAGACCUCCUCCCAUGUCCAUAAAUUUCGAACUGCCACCCUGCAAAAACCAGGCGAGCUGCCUUUAAACCACCAUCCGGGGGAGGAACAGCUGGAUCUUCUGUUCCGUUUUUAUUUGUCAUUAAAUUGGAUACAUUUCUAGGGUAUUGCCUUUGCUAAGAGGCAUUUUCAAAGACUUGUAGGUGAGGAAGAAGGGUGAGAAGAGAGGCUGGGAGACACCAGGGCUCAGCAGGGCCCUUCUACCCAAGUGCCCGCUCCGUGUCGUGUAAGAAGUGACAUUCUCUAAGAAGGCACUGGUCAGCUUCCCGAGAACUGUGUAGGUAAACCUGUCUGGAGGGAACAGGCUAGAAAUGUUUGAAAUUGUAUUCCUGCUUUGGCACUCCCUGACUGUGCUGCUGGUAGCUCAGAUGAGGUUGGGCAGAGGAGCGUGAGUAAUGCACUUGUACAGCUAAUACUGUGACAUCUCAUUUUAGCUAAGCAUCAGAAUAAUUCUUGGAGCCCAGCGUAGUCCUUUUUGCUCCAUUCAGAAAUGUUAGACUUUCAGCCAAUCAGUCUCAAAUGCCAGAGGUAUUUUGAAGGAUGCCAUAGUCACAAAAUGCCAUUGAUCGGGUUUUUCAUUAUUACACUACAUCCACCAAUUUAUUACCUUUUUGGCUUGUUGCAAUUUCCUGUUUACAUGUAGAGUUGUAGCCAACUGUUUAAAUGUUUAGUUGCCACAGUGUACCAGGAGGAGCUGAGCCAAUGACUCUUUCCCAGCUGAUGACUAACCCACAUCACCACUGUAGAUCUUGCUGCAUGUGAGGCUCCUUUUUAUUAUUUUUCAUUGCUGCAAUACUUCACAACUUUUACAGUCCCUUGAGACGCUGUGAUAUUUUGGCAGCGUAUCACACCACGCGAGAAGGCACUACUUCCAGAGGCUCGUUGGAGCUGCUGUACUACUGAAAGGAAGCAAAAGGAGGUUGUGAAAUCCAUACGGUGGUAAAGGGAUCAGGGAGUCUCGUUAACCGAGUGACUUUGUGGCAUCGUGUCAUCCCUUAGUGCUGGGAACUGGAGAUGCCCCCGUGCUCUCGUGCCGGUGCCAGGGCAGUCUGGGUCAGCCAGCACUGGGGGGUAGGGGAAGAGCAGGUAGAUGAAGUUUGGCUUGAGGCAAAGAUUUCUGUCUUGGGGACUGACCGGCCAGGGUUCUUUGUAAAUGUUUUUCCUUGCACACUAAUCAUCUUGAAGAAAACACUAGCUGCUAACUCUAGGAUUUGCCUUUAAUAUGUUUAUAGGGCUCAAAAGCAAGGUUUUCCGAAUGUGUUUGUCCAUGUGACAUAUUUAUAUAGUAAAUACUCUAGUGUCUCGCUGCUGUUCAGUACUCUCAACAGGGCGAUGUUCUUUCGUUAGCUAAAUUAACAUCCACUCCCAAUCCUUAACUCUCUGCCAGUGUCUGGUGAAUCCAACUGGGAUUUCUAGCAUCUUGAUGUAGCAUAUCACUCUAAUCGAAGAUGGAAGCUCUACCAAAAUACGUUCGAGCAGCCCCUUAGUAAGGAGCUUUGUAGUACUAACAGUUGACAGAAGCCUGGGAUGAGGCAGUGGUCCCACAGAGGUGAUUCUGGUUGCCCCCUGGGGCAAGUGGUGACUGUGACCUUGUCCUGUCCUUUCCUCUGCUAUGUUUUUUAUGUGGAAUUAGAUGUUUUGGGGUCAUUCUUUUGCAUUGCAAUGUUGUUGAAAUGCAGCGAAACUGAUUUAGGAAAGGUACCUGUAUUUUCCUGGGGUUAGAAAGAAAGACAAAAAUGAAAUGAAAGGCCAAAAUUGUACUGGGAUUUACCAUGUGAGUGUGGAGGGUGUGCCCAGAGCAUGGUGCUAACACAGCGUUUUGAAGUUCAGCUCCUCUAUCCCAAACAGCAGCAGCGACAGCGGGGACAGGCUAUACCUGCAAGUUCAGUGGGUUCAUUCUUUUGCUUCUGUUAUGGUUUGAAUUUGGUCAAAGUCUCUGGCUUAAAUUGAGCUACUUCAACAGAAUUCUCUCAACCCAUCUCUUUGUGUAAUGUCAAGCAUGACUGAAUGCUGAAUCCAAAUGAUGGCUAUCCCAUAUUGGCUUUUUUUGUAUUCAAAAAGAAUUGUGUAGUAACCAUUUUUACAUGUAUAUCAUGUGCAGACCUGGACUAUUCCAACAAGUUAAUAUUUUAAUUAAAAUAGUUUGCAAAAACUGAUUCAGAUCAA